UAUUUUGGUGUUGACACCAUGACAGCUGCACACACGUAUUAAUCGCAGUGAGUAAUGAGUGCUAAUGUCUUUAACUCCUUGGUAAAUACAUCAUUCGUUGAUGUUUUUAUCUUGUACGUUAAUAACAUUUCAGUGUUCCUCACCGACUGCGUAGAGCACAGGACUUCAAGCAUUUAUAACCUUUUUGAAAACCUACCAAAUUACUUGCAGUUCGACGAGUUCCAGCUGACCCUACUAAAAGGCUUCUCCUUGACGCUGAUCAUCACCCUCUUCCUGAUCUACGCCUCCUGGAGAGUGUUUGGUAAAAACAUAUGCGAGCGUUUCAUGAAACCAGCCACCUCCAAAACCAUUGAGGAACUGAAAGCCAGCGUCUCAAGACUCAAGUUACCCAAGGAGCACUCUCCUAGGAUCUAGAGAUGAAUG